AUGCAGCCCCGCUCGUUCCGCGGGGCCGCGGGCGGGAGCGCGCACCGGGGGCUCCGGGAGCGCGCACCGGGGGCCGCCGCACUCGCAGCCCCGCUCCGUGUCCGCCAGGGGGCGGCGCUGAGGGAGCGGCGGCCUCUGAGGGCCGCGAUCCAGCGCCUGCUCCGGGAAAGCGCCGCCCUCCUGCCGGGCCCGGCACCGGCACAGCCGCGGCUCCCCGCGGCCGCAGCGAGACCUGCCCGGAGCCCCAGCGGGACCGCAGCCCCGCACCGGCCGCAGUCCAAGCGGGAGCGGCAGCGCCGGGCUCGGUCCGCGCCCGUCCCGGAGCGGCUCUUCCCGCCUGCAGUGAGCCGAGUCUCUAUUCCAGCCCCAAUCCCGCGUCGGUUCCGCGGCCCCACGGCCCGCAGCCCGCCCGUCGACGGGGAUGCGGCUCAGCCCGGCACCCCCAGCAAACACCGGCAGGACCCAGACCCGAAUUCCCUGUCCCGGGUCCCGUUCCCGGCCCCACCUCAGCGCCUCGAGCUCCGCGCAGCACCGGGAGCAGCCCCCGGUCCGGGGCUCCGCACAGCGCUCCGAGCGACGGUCCCGCCGCGUCCCGGGAUGAGCAUCCACCGCACAAAGCGGAGCGGGCGCGGAUCCGCCGGGAUUUACGGGCGCGGGCGGGGCGGGGCCGGCUCAGGUGUGAGGGGCGGGCCCGGCUCAGGUGCGCGGGCCCCAGAGCGGCUGCGCGGGGCGGGGCCGAGGGGAUUUAAGCCCCGGGAAUCGCCUCAGGAGCCAUUUGCCCCCUCGGCGCUCAGGGCGGAAGUCCCGCCCCCUGCCCCGGAUCCCCUCCUCCGGACGGGGCUCAUCCCGGCCCCCUCCCCGGGACCCCCUCCUCCGGACCGGGGCCCGGGGGAGGGAGGGGAGCGGGACUCCCUUCCUGAGAAGGGGCCCUCCCUGACCCCCAGCCCCGACGCCGCCGGGGAGCCCCCACUGCGAUGUGGGCAAAGCCGAAGCCCCGGCGGCGUCGGGCGGCCCUUGACAACCGCACUGGGGGACCCGCCCGGCCCCCCGCGCUGGGACGCCGCGCACCUGAGCCAGGUCCGGCCCCGCCCCGGGACCGCCCCUGAGCCCCGGAACCGCCCCAGAGCCCGGGACCGCCCCGGGACCGCCCCUGAGCCCGGGACCGCCCCAGAGCCCGGGACCGCCCCAGAGCCCCGGGACCGCCCCUCUCGCCCGGGACCGCCCCAGAGCUCCGGAACCGCCCCAGAGCUCCGGGACCGCCCCAGAGCCCGGGACCGCCCGGCCCCGGGGCCCCGCCCUGCCCGGGAUGGCGGCAGGACCAUCGCUCCCGGCCCCGCCCCUCUCACCGGGCCGGGCCGGGGCUGCGAGCGGCACCGGGACCGGGGCCUCGGCUCCGGCUCCUGCCGCUGUCUCUUGGGGUCCCGGGCGGUGCCGCCUCUCCCCCGCCGGGCGGGCUGCGGGGCCCGGCCCUGCAGCACUGAGUUGGGCUUGGAGCCGGCACCGGGACCGGCAGGAACCGCUCCGGGCCGGGCGCUGGGGCCGAGCCCGGCGCUGCCGCUCCUGCCCCUCCCGGCUGCCCGCGCCGGGCCCCAAGCGCGGCCCUGGGGCUCCGCCGCCAGCCCCGCCCGCGGCGCUCAGUCGCUGCUGCGGAGCUCUCGCUGCGGCCGGGGGAGCGCGGCUUUGGGCUGUGCCUAA